UCUUAAUAUUCCCGGGGAAAACAAUUCCCCGGGAGACUUGUUCUCCCGAGAGUAAAAUUCUCCUAUUUCGAAUUCCCCGGGAAGACAUUUUCCCCUUCGAAAUCGGGAAUGGAGAAUUUUGAUUUUCGAAUCAGCUGUUUCGUAUUGUUUGACAGGAAAAAUAACUCGCGAACAAAAUUUUCAUCAUUCAAAUUAAAAAAAAUUUAAAAUGUUUUCAAUCGCGGCAAGGAUUUUACGUGAAGAAUAUGAAGAAAGUGAACAUGUAAAACCAAGGACUCUUAGAAGAUCUUUAAGAGAUAGUGCGAAUCCCUUCGAGUUGCCUCAAUGGCUGUUUCAAAAGCAUUAUAGAGUAAACAAGGUUUCCUUUAAAUACUUUUUGGAUGUCCACAUAAUGUACAGUAAACCAACAAGAAAGCGUUUUGGAAUCCCACCAAUCAUUAAAUUGAGCGCAUGUUUACGUUUUUUUGCUGAGGGAGGGUAUCAAACCGGGGUCGGAAACGAAGGAAGGGUUGGUAUGGCUCAACCUAGUUUCAGCAAGGUGCUAGCUGAAGUACUUGAAGUUUUAGAGGAGCAAUUAUGUCCACAGUGGAUAAAACUACCUAAAACAGUUGCAGAAAAAAGAAAUAUAGCGUUGGCGUUCUAUACGAAACAUAAUUUUCCUGGAAUUGUUGGUUGUGUUGACGGAACGCACGUUCAGAUCAUUGCCCCUUCUGAAAACAGGCACAUAUUUUAUAAUAGAAAAGGAAAAUAUAGCCUUAAUGUCAUGCUCCUUUGUGACAAUGAAUUAAGAAUUUCGUACGUCGAUGCUUCCCAUCCAGGUGCAUGUCAUGAUUCCUUCAUUUGGAAUGUGAGCCCACUAAAGGUGCACUUUGAGCAGGAAUAUUUAAAUGGAGCAAGAAAUUUUUGGAUUCUUGGUGACGCGGGAUACCCCUUGGAACCAUGGCUUUUGACCCCUCAUAGAACACCUGUCCCAGGGUCAAGAGAAAGUAAGUUUAAUGAGGUCCACACAAGCUCUCGUAAUAUAAUUGAACGUACGAAUGGAGUCCUAAAAAACAGGUGGAGAUGCCUUCUUGGCGCGAGAGAGCUGCACUACUGCCCGGCGAAGGCAGCGAAAAUUAUAAAUGUGUGCUGCGCAUUGCAUAACAUAUGCAUUUAUUAUAAAGCCGAUCCUAUGGACGAUGAAUUGAUUUCUGUAACACCUGAAAUUUCUGAAAUUCCUCUUGAAAUCGCAUCACAAGAAAGAUCUGAGUAUACCACAGCGGCGCAGAGAAUACGACAAAAUAUAGGCAUCAACCUUUAAACAUAUGUAUGUAAUACAUCAAUAAAACAUUAAUUAAUUUAUUCAAAAGUAAUUCAUUUAUUUAUUUAAUAUCACACGUUUUUAAAUCAAUUAACAAUUAACAAUUAACAACAAAAAAAUAACGGAAUUCAUAUGCAUACACACUAAGCAACUAUUGUAAAAACUUAAAAAUCAUAAAAAUAAAAAAAUCACAGAAGGUAAUGAAACUUAAAAAUAAAUAUUUCGAAGGAUAACUGUUCAAUCUUUCGACAACUGGAAAACUUGA